GCUUUUUGGCCAUCGCAUUUUAUAGCAGUAGCAAGCAGUUACCUGCCUACACACGCCUACCUACCAAGGCGUCUUCCACCAUUUUGUCAUGACCUUGAUCGCAGCCUUCUCCUUCUUUUCGUGAUACCCUCUUCAUUCAACUAGAUCCUUCUUCUUCUUCAUCUAAUUCUACUGCGACUCCUGCAUACGUCUACAUCCGAGCCAUCCAAGUCUUGCUAGCAUCGUAACCAUCGCAUCUAGUGUACACUAACCAACCCGUCGAGUAUCUACGCUUUUGCGCAUCGCGAACUUUCACAACCACCACAUCACCACCACCACCACCACCGAUCCUCUAUCUCUGUCGCUGUCCCAACCGUGUUACAGACCCGAAACGGCCAAUGAACUGGGCUACCUGGAAACUGGCAUGAACAUAUCCCUGAGGAGUGCUGCACGAGUGCAGGAGCCGUCGUCAUGUCGGCAGUGCAGCUUGAGGAGAUAGUCAAGAAAUUGACUGUUCAGGAAACUGAACCGAAAUCCAAAUACGAAGCCGCCUGUACGCUGCGGGACAGCCUCGAUCACUAUACCAAUGGACCUAUCUACUCCCAUUUUCUGUCUCGGAUCAUGCCCUUGAUCAUCAAUAUCCUACGAGGACCUUGCAUUUUCCAGAACACAUCGUUGGAACAGAAACUACGACAUUGCAUUCUCGAGAUCCUUCAUCGCCUGCCCACCCAACAGACGCCCACAGAGCCCUUUGAGCAAUACGCCAAGGAAGUAGUUGAUCUCUUGAUGAUCCUGGUGCGCAAUGACAACGAGGAAAAUGCUACGCUAUGUGUUAAGAUCAUCUCCGAUGUCAUGCGGCACCAGCCGAAAGUUCUGCACGACAGAGUCCAGCCAUUCCUCACCUUAAUCCAAGAGCUUUUUGAGCAAAUGGAAAAGGUCGUGCGUGAACAGCUAGACAAUACCGCUCUCCCGAUCAACGCGACAGGACCACCCUCGACGCCGGGAAGCACACAGACCAACUUCCAGUCGCCUCGGCCUGGGUCUCCAGUUGCGUCCGUGACGGAACUUGGGCAAGAUUUACAACAGCAGAGCCGUCCCUUGUUGAAAGGAAUGCAGUCCUUCAAGGUCUUAUCAGAGUGCCCGAUCAUUGUCGUCUCGGUUUUCCAGACUUACCGUAGCAUCAUUCAGCAAAACGUGAAGGCAUUUGUACCCUUGAUUAAAUCAGUACUGUGUCUUCAAGCCAAAGCGCAGGAACAGGCUCAUGCCGAGGCCAAAGCGAGGAAAACUUUUUUCACUGGAGUCAGUCCGAGCAUAAGGAACCGCGCCGCUUUUGGCGAGUUUAUAACAGCUCAAGUCAAGACAAUGAGUUUCUUGGCAUACUUACUUCGCCAAUACUCCAGCCAGCUGGCGGAUUUCUUACCAACACUGCCGGAAAUAGUUGUGCGUUUGCUCAAGGACUGCCCAAGAGAGAAAUCCGCAGCGCGUAAAGAGCUGUUGGUUGCAAUUCGCCAUAUCAUCAACUUCAACUUUCGUAAGAUAUUCUUACCAAAGAUUGAUGAGCUACUUGAAGAAAAGACUUUAAUCGGCGAUGGAUUGACUGUAUAUGAUACCAUGCGACCGUUGGCAUACAGCAUGUUAGCUGACUUGAUUCACCACGUCCGCGACUCGCUUACACCGGACCAUAUACGGAAGACUGUUGAAGUGUAUACUAAAAAUUUGCAAGACAAUUUUCCAGGCACAAGCUUCCAGACUAUGAGUGCCAAGCUCUUACUGAACAUGGCUGAAUGUAUUGCUAAGCUUCCGAAUAAAGUUGAUGCUCGACAUUAUCUCUUGAUGAUUCUCAACGCAAUUGGAGAUAAGUUUGCUGCGAUGAACAGGCAGUAUCCAAAUGCUGUCAAGCUAUCUAAGCUUUAUGCACAGCAGGCUGCGGACCCUACGCCUGAAACGUACUUGGCAGACGGCGAACGCCCUGAGUGGGAUGAGAUUGAUAUUUUUACUGCAAUGCCGAUCAAGACGUCGAAUCCCCGUGAGAGAAAUGCGGACCCUGUGGCAGAUAAUAAGUUCUUAUUCAAGAAUUUGAUGAAUGGGCUUAAGAAUACCUUCUAUCAGCUCAAAGCCUGCAAUACCUCUGUAAUAGUUGACUCGCACAAUGCCCCUGCGCACUGGCAAGAUGUCUCAUAUGGCUUUACUGCCGAGGAAGUGAAGGUUAUUGUCAAGCUUCUUCGCGAGGGCGCUUAUGUUUUUCGAUACUACGAAAUUGAGAAGCCAACUGCAGAGACCCAGUAUGCCUCUGCAGUUGAGUAUAUGGCUAACUUCUAUAUGGUAUCGUCUAGCAAAGAAGAGAAAGACCUUCUAGAGACAUUCGCCACCGUUUUUCACUGCAUUGACCCUGCGACAUUCCACGAAGUGUUUCAACAAGAGAUACCUCAUCUUUAUGAGAUGAUCUUUGAGCAUACAGCUCUCCUGCAUAUUCCUCAAUUCUUCCUUGCCAGUGAGGCAACGUCCCCAAGUUUUUGCGGAAUGUUGUUAAAAUUCCUCAUGGGUAGAAUCGAUGAUGUGGGAUCUGCGGAUGUCAAGAAAUCCUCAAUCUUGCUACGCCUCUUCAAGCUAGCGUUCAUGGCGGUUACACUCUUUGCUACACAGAACGAGCAAGUGCUUCUGCCCCACGUUGUUGAUAUCGUGACGAAGUCAAUUGAGUUGUCAACAAAGGCGGAAGAGCCCAUGAAUUACUUUCUGCUACUCCGCUCACUUUUUAGAAGUAUUGGGGGUGGAAAAUUUGAGCAUCUUUACAAGCAGAUCCUGCCUUUACUCGAAAUGCUGCUCGAUGUUCUUAACAAUUUGCUCAUGGCUGCUCGCAAGCAGGCAGAGCGGGAUCUCUAUGUUGAACUCUGCCUUACAGUUCCUGCCCGUUUAAGCAACCUGCUGCCUCACCUCAGCUUCUUAAUGCGACCCUUAGUUGUUGCUCUUAGGGCUGGAACUGAUUUAGUUGGUCAAGGGCUACGAACUCUAGAACUAUGUGUUGAUAACCUUACGGCAGACUAUCUAGACCCUAUAAUGGCACCUGUCAUUGAAGAUCUAAUGAAUGCGCUGUUCGAACACUUGAAACCGCACCCGUACAGCCAUUUUCACGCCCACACAACAAUGAGGAUCCUCGGCAAGCUGGGAGGUCGAAAUAGAAAAUUCAUGACGGAGGCUCUUCCGGUAAAUUAUCAGCGAUAUGCUGACGAUCCGUCGAGCUUCGACAUGCGACUCAUUGGGUCUAAAAAGGACAGAGCUUUCUCAGCUGGACUUGGCAUCGAUUUCGCGAUUCACAAGCUUACGGAAAUGCCGAAGCCAUCCAAAUUGAACACUGUGAAACAGGAUGGUUUUUACAAGAAGCAAGCACUUCAACUUAUCAAGGCUCAGAUCAAGUUGCGUAUUGGCGUAGACCAUCUACCUGAAGACCUCCCACGGCUUGUCCGUCUUCAGAUGCAAGACCUUUAUGCUAAAACGCCACCAACCGCUGAUUUUGCUAUCUUCGAGACGUCGAUCAAGGAUCGUUCUGUUGUGAAGAAAAAUGAGGAAGAUAUCAUAAUGAAACGACUCAUCAAAGCCAUUAUGUUUGCUGAAUCCCUUCCCGAAUUCCGCGAAGAGGCAGAUGUAUUUUUGAUGAAUAUCUGUCGGCAUUUUACAAUUCUGGAAAUUGGUCGUGCUCUGAUCGAUUUCAAGAAAGAUCACAGUCCAUUCAAUCCCGAAGCUGGCGAGGGCCCUCUUUUCAUUGAUGCUCGCGUUCUCGCAGACGCUAUUGUCGAAUCACUAGCUUCUGAACUUCCAGAGGUUCGAGACGCCGCAUUUCGAGCUAUACGGGCAGUCUAUGACUCCACUGUGACGAUCAUUGGAAGCCAAAACCAUAUUGGACGUUUGCCCUUUUUCUAUCACCUCAGCAAAACCUUCUGCCAUGCGUGUUUUGAAGAAGAGUGGUAUACCAAGGCCGGCGGUACACUUGGUAUCAAAUAUCUUUUAGACCAAGUCGAACUCGGGGAGUCCUGGCUUUUGGCGAAGCAUUUGGAGCUUAUCAGGGCACUCAUGUACGUCAUUAAAGAUAUGCCGCAGGAUUUACCAGAGAAAACCCGAAGUUCCGCGCAAGUCACCCUCGAAGUUCUCCUACGUCGAAUCACCAAGAACGCUAAAAAGGAAGACGCAUUGCCUGCUCAACCACCUCAACCCCCUCAACCUUCUCAGCCUGCACCUCGAACAAUCCGAUUAGCACAGCUUUGCAUGUUCUUCAAUGACGAGCUCUCGCACAUGAAUAAGCAUGUUCGAGGCACAGCUCGGAGCUCGCUUGAAAUUAUCGCAUCUGCGACCAAGUCGGAAAUUUGGGAGUUGGUAGAGCCCCAUAAGGAUCGCCUAUUGUCGCCAAUAUAUGCUAAACCACUGCGAGCCUUGCCCUUUGCGACUCAGAUAGGCUAUAUCGAUGCUAUUGCAUACUAUAUGAGUCUCAAGAGCAAUUUCGUGUCCUUUGACGAACAUCUUAACCGCUUAUUGAUGGAAUCCCUAGCACUUGCUGAUGCUAAUGAUGAGUCUUUGGCUGGUAAGCCGGCUGAGUUCCGGACACAUGAAUCAAUUGUAAACCUCCGGGUAGCUUGUAUCAAGAUUCUGAGCAAGGCAAUGGGGUUUGAGGACUUCCAGAAAGGCCAGAACAAUCCCACUAGGACGAGAGUAGUAUCGGUGUUUUUCAAAUGUCUUUACUCAGAGUCGAAACCCACCAUUGAAGCUGCUAAUGAUGCUAUCAAAGCGGUUCUAUUACAGACUAAUAAACUGCCUAAAGAUCUACUUCAACAAGGUCUUCGGCCUGUCUUGGCUAACUUACAAGAUCCGAAAAGACUAAGUACUCAUGGAUUAGACAACCUGGCAAGGCUCUUACGGUUGUUGACGACAUAUUUCAAAGUAGAAAUCGGCGCCAGGCUGUUGGAGCAUAUCAAGGUCCUUGCAGAACCCAAUUUUCUGCAGCAGAUCUCGUUCACUUUCUUCGAGCAGAACACCCCGAUGAAGGUCAUUGCUGCAGUUUUCAAUAUCUUUCACUUAUUACCCCCGGCCGCUGAGCAGUUCAAGGAGCGACUCAUUGACACGUGUCUUGAGCUGGAAGAAAAGCUACGACGCACUCACCACAGCCCUUUUCGCCCUCCAUUGUACAAGUUUCUGAACCGCUAUCCCACUGAAGUCUGGGACUUUCUAAGUGGGAAGAUAGAGGAUUUCAAGUACGGCCGAUUCCUUGCCCAAGUACUGUCGCACCCGGAUAGCAAGCCACUUCGCGAUCAUGCUACUGCUAAUCUCGAGCCUCUGAUAUCUGCUUGUAAUCAGAUAUGGAAUGGCCCUAGGGAUAGUAAAUAUGUGGCAGCCAUUAAUACAAUCAAUAUUCUCAACUCACUGAGUCAAUUCGAAGACACGCAAGGCUGGAUGGAGCAAAAAGAUACAAUCAACCUUUUGAAGCUGAUCGGGAAAGACCUGGAGCGUCACCUUUGCGCAAACGAUCUCCCUCCAAGUCUUCGUUUACCCGCUGACCAAGCUUCGGAACAGUUGAUGAAUAUCUUCACGAAGGCACUAUCGUUGAGGCCUAGAGACCUCGAUCCUCUGUUCAGUUUGAUCGAGUCCAUCACUGCAGAAGAGUUACGGGCGGCUCCGUCCGUCUCUGCAUAUCUUUACAACCAUGUAAUAUGCAGUGAUUCAAUUGAAUUCUGGAAGUCAAUCAUUAUGCGCUGUCUCGACAUAUAUGCGGGCAAGAAUGUAAGUCAGAAGACAAAAUGUUUUCUCCUCCGCAACAUUGUGAAUCCAAUCGUGGCUAUGGAUGUCAUGCGAAAUUGGAAUCCUUCGAGCCCGCCUCGCCCUCAGAGGCUCAUGGAUAGAUCGAUAAUAGAGUCUAUUAACAUGAAAAUCUGGAAAGUCAACCUCGGAGACCCUCAAGAGGAUCUUGCCCUACCAGGAAUCGACCAUACAAGGAUGGAAGUCUUACAGUUAUCAGCCAUGCUCGUCAAAUACCAUUACGCCAUACUCCAGGACGCCAGGAAGGAUAUUAUAAAAUUCGGCUGGACAUAUAUUCGGCUGGACGACGUCAUAAACAAGCAUGCCGCCUAUGUGGUCAUAGGAUAUUUCAUUGCACACUAUGAGACUCCGCCUAAAAUAGUGACCCAAGUCUACUACUCUUUGCUGAGAACGAAUCAGAAUGAAGGCCGUGCUCUCGUUACUCAAGCGCUAGAGCUCAUGGCCCCUGUACUUCCCAAACGAUGCAACUCAGUUCCUGGAGAUCGCAAUGCCGUAUGGGCCAUGGCGCCGCGACGCAUCCUGGCUGAAGAAGGUCAGAAUGCUCAGCAAAUGACCAACAUCUUUCACUUUCUCGUCAGACAUCCAGAUCUUUUCUACGAGUCUAGAGACAAAUUUGCUCUUCUGAUAAUCACCUCACUUCGAAAGGUUUCUUCACUACAAUCGUCUUCCAACGAGAGCAAAAAGCUUGCUUUAAAUAUGAUGUGGCUGAUCUGGGAAUGGGAACAAAAACGAAUUGGAGGAAAAUCUGACGCAGUCCCCAGAGCCUUUUCAGAAUCCCCAAACUCCAAGAAACGAAAAUUGGAUAGCGAUUUGUCCAUAUCGUCCCCUCCGACAGCUCGACAAACUGCUCCUGUGGAGAGAGCUGAGUUUCAAAUUCCGGAAGGCUUUCGGCUCAAAAUGAUCAAAUAUCUGAUUGAGUUCAUUGCUCAACUGAAUGAGAGGUAUAAGCUUCCUUCUGCAAAGCCGAGAGAUCUUGCCGCGCCCGGAUAUAUUCUAUCUUCACAGUCUACAGAACUUUGUAUGAAGGCUAUGUCGCUGCUCUACAACCUACUUCAACCUCAGUGUUGGGGAGAGCUGGACGUUGAUUUAUUCCCUACCAUCACGGAGGUGGUUUUGGCAAGUGAAAGGACAGCCAAGAUUCUGAAUGCCGAUCCUAAUGAUAAGGACAACUAUGAUGAGAAGUUUAUCACGAAUAUUAUAAACACGUUGCAAGUGGUACGCAUUAUUCUCUGUUCCAAGACAGACGAAUGGAUUUUGAGAAGUAUGCCCUCCAUUCAGAAAGUUCUUGAGAAAUGCUUAAAGUCGGAGAAUCCUGAAAUUCAGGACUGUCUGCAUUUCGCUGACAAAGAAUAUGAUGGUGGACGCGAUAUCAAGUCUAUAGUACAGCGAAUAUUAGAUGCUGUACCGGAGGAUGUUCCCAUGGAAGACGCUGAUGCGGAAGGCGAAUCCGAGGCACCUACAUCUGAAAUCAUCACCUUCUUGUCUGCUUUUGCGACGGAAACGAUGGCCAAUUCUCAGUAUGGUGCCGGCGUGAAUAUCCUAUGGUCAUUAGGGCGUCGUAAACCAACUAUGAUUGACCAGCAUAUACCGGCAUUAAUGAAAGCCUUACAGACAAAACUCGCUAGAGACCAUGUCCAGCAUUGGACUUCUGUCUCAUCACACCAGACACCCCCGAAUGCAAUUCGGUCUCAAGAGCACAGCUCGCAGAAUGGAGAGCUGACUUCUUACGAACUCAAGGUCCAAACGGAUCUCAUGAUCAGGGCAAUUGAGGUCACGGCGAUGCGUAUGGAAAGCCUAGCUGAUAAUCGCAGGCCGUUCCUCAGUGUUUUAGCCACACUCGUCGAAAAGUCACAAGACAACGCCCUCUGCGAAAAGAUUCUCGAAAUGGUUGAAGGAUGGGUAUUCCGAGCUGAGGGCACCUGGCCUACACUGAAAGAGAAAACGGCCGUACUUCAUAAGAUGCUCUCAUUCGAACACCGAAGUGAUCCCGCCAUGUUAGCUAAAUUCCUUGACCUAGUGAUCAGGAUCUACGAGGACCCUAAAGUCGCGCGGACGGAGCUUACAGUGCGCAUGGAGCAUGCAUUCCUGAUAGGAACACGUGCCCAAGAUGUUGAGAUGCGCAAUCGAUUUAUGUCUAUUUUCGAUAAAAGUCUAUCAAAAACUGCAACAGCUCGUCUAUCAUAUGUGAUCACUUCACAAAACUGGGACACCUUGGCAGACUCUUUCUGGCUAGCCCAAGCGAAUCAGCUCCUUCUUGGAGCCGUCGAGAUGAAUGCCAAUAUUCAGCUCCACCACGAGGAUUUCCGAACACUGCCCGCUUCGCUGGUGUUUGGUAUUUAUGCUAAAGAUACUCGUGAGCCCCGAACCAUGAUGGAUGAUAAGUAUGAAACAUUCAUGGCCAACCAUCGAAGAUUUGUUUCCGAGCUUGGUGAAGUCAAAUUACGAGAUAUUAUAGAACCAAUCUCACAGCUCCAGCAUGUUGAUAGCAAUUUGGGCCAUGAAUUGUGGGUUGCCUUGUUCCCAAUGUUCUGGGCUACCACUGUGCGUGAGGACAAGAGCGAUAUCGAGAAAGGCCUAGUCGUAUUGAUUUCUAAAGACUAUCAUUCUCGUCAGAUGGACAGGCGUCCAAAUGUUGUUCAGACCCUGUUGACGGGUGCGGCCAAAUCAUGGCCGGAAUGCAAAAUCCCUCCGCACAUUCUCAAAUUUGGAGCCAAAACCUAUGAUGCUUGGUAUACCGCCAUGGUUCAGCUGGAAAAGUCGGCCAUCAAGCCGGAGAUCGACUCUACUACUGUCAGGGAAAGCACCCUUGAUGCUCUUGUUGAGUUGUACUCUAAUCUCAAAGAAGAUGACUUGUUCUACGGGACAUGGCGCAGACGAUGCCAAUUCGUAGAGACCAAUGCCGCAUUGUCUUAUGAACAGAACGGAAUGUGGGACAAGGCUCAGAAAAUGUAUGAAGCCGCCCAAAUCAAAGCUCGCACAGGUGUGAUCCCAUUUUCGCAAGGCGAAUAUAUGCUCUGGGAGGAUCACUGGGUCUUGUGUGCACAAAAACUCCAACAAUGGGAGAUUUUGCAGGACUUUGCCAAGCAUGAAAAUUUGCAAGAUCUUCUCCUCGAAUGUGCUUGGAGAAACAUUGAGAUGUGGCAAAACCAGGAACACCGUGAAAGCUUGGAUAUGCUUAUCAAAGGCGUUAUGGACGCCCCCACCUCUCGUCGGACAUUCUUCCAAGGUUUCAUGUCUCUGCUCAAGUUCCACAACAAGCAAGAGACAGGCCAAGACUUCAAUCGUGUCUGUGACGAAGCGAUUCAGCUAGCAAUUCGGAAGUGGCAUCAACUUCCCAAGCGCCUAACCGCUGCACAUAUUCCGAUGUUACAUAAUUUCCAGCAGCUCGUGGAACUUCACGAUGCUAGUCUCAUCUGUCAAAGUCUCGCAAAUACCAACCAGAGCAAUCUUGACGUAAAGUCUGGUGAACUAAAACUUCUGCUGGGGGCCUGGCGGGACCGUCUGCCGAACACUUGGGAUGACAUUACUGACUGGCAGGAUCUGGUCACUUGGCGGCAGCACAUUUUUGGCCUAAUCAACAACACUUAUCUACAGUUAUUGCCCGCGCAGGGUCAGAAUGCCAACGGAGCCUCGUUCGCAUACCGCGGCUACCACGAGACAGCGUGGAUAAUCAAUAGGUUUGCGCAUGUUGCUCGAAAACACAACCUUGCUGAAGUCUGUAUAAACCAGCUCAGUCGCAUUUAUACUCUUCCUAAUAUUGAAAUUCAAGAAGCAUUCCUCAAGCUGCGGGAACAGGCGAGGUGUCAUUAUGAAAACCCCGACGAGCUCUCAAGCGGUCUUGAUGUGAUCAAUAACACCAACUUGAAUUACUUCAAUAACCAGCAGAAGGCUGAAUUCUAUACUCUCAAGGGCAUGUUUCUCGAGAAGCUUGGGCAACACACUGACGCUGAUGGCGCAUAUGGGACUGCAUUGUAUUACGACAUUAGCAAAGCCAAGGCUUGGGCUGAAUGGGGCUACUUCAACGAUCGGAAGUUUAAGGCAGAUCCCUCAGACACUGUUUCUGCCCGGCAAGCUGUGUGCUCGUAUCUUCAGGCUAUUGGCAGUUACAAAAGCAGCAAAGCUAGGAAGCUAAUCGCACGUAUUAUGUGGCUGCUGAGCUUGGACGAUUCUAAUGGCACAAUAGCGUCGGGUUUUGACGAUCAUAAGGGAGAAACGCCCGUCUGGUAUUGGAUUACUUUCAUUCCACAGUUAUUGACCGGCCUAGGCCACAAGGAGUCACCAAAAGUCCACGGGAUACUGUUGAAGAUCGCCAAAGCCUACCCUCAGUCUCUGUACUUCCAACUGCGGACCAACCGGGAAGAUAUGAUAAUGAUCAAGAAAAGCCAGGAGGCCAAGGAGAAAGCGCGGCAACGCGCUCAAUCGGCGGCGGCGAAUAAAAAGCCUGGCAGCUCCCCAUCCCAGACCAAACAGGAAGUUCCUCAACCCAAAUCAGAAUCAUCAUCCCGGCCACAAACAUCAGGUGGUGAUGGUAGUGUGCAGCCCAAGACAGAGCAGGCUGAAGCCAAUGCACCUAGCAAUAACAGUGCGCCGCCAGCGCCUACUGGCGACCAGCAAGCACAACAGGCCAAAGAUGGGGCUGGUCAAAAGAAGCCGCCUUGGGAGCUAACUGAGGAGAUUAUGUCAGUUCUUAAGACAGCCUUCCCACUUCUCGCCCUCUCAAUGGAAACUAUGGUUGAUCAGAUACAAAAGUAUUUCAAAUGUCCGCCCGAUGAGGACGCAUACCGACUCAUAGUCGCCCUUCUCAAUGAUGGUCUGGCUUAUGUUAGCCGUAUGCCCGCUUCCUACGCGAAAGAUGUCAAACUGCCAUCUGCGACGGAAACUAAUAUCACACGAUUUGCCGAGACGAUUCUCCCAGCCCACAUCAAGAAGUCAUUUGAAGCAGAUUUCGUGACAGUCAAACCCACAAUGUAUGAGUACAUCCAUAAACUGCGAAAAUGGCGUGAUAAGUUUGAGGCGAAGCUCGAUCUCAGGAAUCCAACUACUUACUUGGAGACCUUCUCCCGACACCUCAGUGAAUUCCGCUAUCUCAAAUUUGAUGAUGUCGAAGUUCCAGGACAGUACUUACAGCAUAAGGACAAGAAUCAAGACUUCAUCCGCAUCGAUCGAUUUCUACCCAAUGUAGACCUUGUAAGGGUCAUAGGCGGGUCCCAUCGUCGACUGAAAAUCCGUGGUCAUGAUGGAAGUAUACAUCCUUUCGCUAUACAGCAUCCUGCUGCUCGGCACUGCCGCCGUGAAGAAAGAAUACUGCAGCUCUUCCGACACUUGAACCAAACUCUAGCUAAGAAAAAGGAGAGUCGUCGGCGUGACCUGCAAUUCACGGUCCCCCUAAUGAUUCCACUAGCGCCUCAUAUCAGGAUUGUGCAAGAAGACACUUCAUACAUCACUUUGCAAGGUGUCUAUGAAGACCAUUGCCGCCGUAAUGGCAUGCUGAAAGACGAACCGGUAAUGUUUACGAUGGAAAAGUUGAGGGGGCUCAAUGAGCCUAAGGGAUCUAAGCAGCCUGAUCAAUCCACGACAGCUCGUCUUGAAGUUUUCACUGCAAUUCAAGAGAAGUGGGUGCCUCACACCGUCGCGCUAGAGUAUUUCCAGUCCAUCUACCCAGAGUACUCAGACUUUUGGCUGUUCCGCCGGCGAUUCUCGUAUCAGUUAUCCGCACUCACUUUCAUGACGUACAUCCUUUACAUGACGAUACGCUAUCCGUCCAAAAUGAACAUUGCACGGGGCUCCGGGAAGAUCUGGGGCUCCGAGCUCAUGUCGUGCAUGGCGGUCGGCAAACCUUUCUUCCACAACCCUGAACCUGUCCCGUUCCGUCUCUCUCCUAACCUUCAAACCCUGAUGGGUCCGUUGGCUACUGAAGGCAUCUUCAGCUGCUCGAUCAUGGCGAUUGCUCGUUGUCUCACUGAGCCAGAGUUUGAACUCGAACAUGCGUUGACGCUGCUUGUGCGGGAUGAGGUCAUCUUUUGGUUUACCAGCAGCCAUCGUGCCAUCCACCUCAAUGAAACCCAGUUGCGCGAGACUGUCCAGACCAAUUGUGAUAUGGUUGUCAAACGUGCGCUCAGCUUGGCGCAGCCUCCCGUUGGAAGUCUUCCAGCUAAUCAGACAGUCAUCGACCUCAUAGCUAGAGCCGUGAACCCGAUGAAUUUGGCUCAGUGCGAUGCUCUCUGGAUGCCAUAUCUAUAGUCUCUAAUUACUUUCUAUUUUUAUUUCCUUCCUCUUUUCGGCGGUUAUUAUCCUUGUCAUGGCAUCACUUGUAUGUGUAGGAUGCAAUGGCGUCUGGAGGUGCGUUCAUGCGCGGCGUUUUUGACUGGUAUUGGCACUCGGGGAUGGCGAAAGGAAUUCUAGAUGAGAAACAGGUGUCAUAAGAAGUGUUAAGGAGAAAAAGCUGUUGUCAUGGCAGCCGGCAGGAAGACUCCCCUUGUAUAAUAAAUAAUACGCGGAUUGCAGCUUAUGAAAUCUUUGUCCUUUAGAGUCCGAAAUACGUUACAAGUUUUACGACAUAUGUAGAACUUAUCACAAAUGCUUUACAAUAUACUA